CGGUCACACUAGUUUUUUUUUCAGACCCAAGCCCAUCGUUUUUAUUUGCGGCGUGCGGCAAAACUAAAUCGAAAGAAUACCCGAAAAGCAAAGUCUCGCAUUGUUUUAUUGUUGUGAUCCUUUUUCAACGACCGCGUCUCUAUUUUUUGUUCAGUGCUUCAAGUGCUAGGUUACACCAAAAACAAACGAAGCGGAAGAACAAAGCGGACACGCAAAAAAACGAAGUACGCAAAAGGGAGAAAAGAGAAGCAGCAUUUACAACUACAACAAACUAAAGUGAUUACGCAUAUUUCACAGCAGACAGCGAGUGUGAGCGAGUGAGCGAUCAGCGAACGAUCCCGCCAUCAUGAGCAAGAAGCCGACAGCCGGACCGGCGCUCCACAAGGUCAUAAUGGUGGGCAGUGGCGGCGUGGGAAAGUCCGCCCUCACACUGCAGUUCAUGUACGAUGAGUUCGUCGAGGACUACGAGCCCACCAAGGCCGAUAGCUAUAGGAAAAAGGUUGUGCUGGAUGGGGAGGAAGUACAAAUAGACAUAUUGGACACGGCUGGUCAGGAGGACUAUGCUGCGAUCAGAGACAACUACUUUCGCAGCGGCGAGGGUUUCCUCUGCGUCUUCUCCAUCACCGACGACGAAAGCUUCCAGGCGACCCAGGAAUUCAGAGAACAAAUCUUGCGGGUGAAGAACGACGAGAGCAUACCGUUCCUGCUGGUGGGCAACAAGAGCGAUCUGAACGACAAGCGCAAGGUGCCGCUGAGCGAAUGCCAAUUGCGGGCGCAGCAGUGGGCGGUGCCCUAUGUUGAGACCUCGGCUAAAACCCGCGAGAACGUGGACAAGGUAUUUUAUGAUCUAAUCAGGGAUAUUUCAUCGCGUAAAAAACAACGUCAGACGGACGUCAAACAGCCGCCGAAGCCCAAUUCUCAUUGCUGCCAACUGCUGUAGGAUGAACAACAACAACAACAACAACAGACAACAACCAUACGAUGAACAACAAACAACUGCAGCAGCAACAACUUGGAAACAACAACGGCCACACGGAUAUCACCAACCACAGAAUAGCAGAAGAAGAAAAUAACGAUAUGUUAAUAAAGAAUUAACUUAGAGAACACCAGAACACACUUACACAGAAGAAAAUGUCAAAAUUAUUUGCCACACUUAAACACAUAAUCCAAGGUAACUUGCAUUGUAAUAUACAUAAAUAUAUUAUUUAGGCAACCAAUUUCCCAAAAACAUAAAGAUAAAAGCACACAGACAGGCAACUUGUAGAUUCUGCCGAUUAGUUUUGUUUUCUUUUUGAAUUAUCUAUUUUUGUGUUGCCCGUAAAAAUAAAAUGUUAAAAUUAAAAGAAAAACUAAAGCUUGAACUUAUUAAAUAUAAUCAAUCUUAGAAACCUAAACAACCCGUAAUAAUUAUGCAAUUAAUAAAUGCUUUAGGUAUUUCUCUUGUUUAAUUAUACAUACGCAUACAUUUUUUUGUAAUAUUUUAAAGUUAAAUAGCUAAAUGCAAACCAACACAAACCAACAAGAAACCACACAGAAAAGCUUUUUAUAAAUACAUCUAAAUAUAUAUUUAAAUAUAUACAAAAUAGUUUAAAGUAUAAAACACUUAAAAUGCUAGAGAGGAAAAUAAAAAAGGGAAACGAAAACAAAUAAUAUCUCCAAUUAUUAAUUGUAAACGAAAUGAAUCGAAACAAAUUUUUAAUGCAAUUUUUGUAAUUUUCUAAACCAAACGCAAAUGAGUAGGGGUAUAUAAAAACAAAUUCAAAUGAAGAAUGAUAAACUAACGUUUUUGACAAGCUUUGGAGAUUUCCCUUUACUAAUGGUUACUUUCUCACGCUGAAACACAUCCAAUAUAUAUUUAGCAAUUACUCCCAGUUGAAUUGCUCCUUUGUUUACUUUUGUAAAACUGCAUUCUGUAUUUUAAUGUUUAAGCUAUUAUUAUUAUGAUAAUUAUUAUUAAAUAUAUAAGUUAUGUAUGUAAUCAAUUGAUGGUUGGUUCAUAUUUUGUAUCAAGCAAUUCCCUUUAUCCUUCUUCGAAAAUUGUUGCAAAAAACACGAAAACUCGGUCACAGCUAGAACCCUCAAUCAUUUAUUUCUUUUCCCUCACGUUCAUACAUGCAUGUAUUCAAAAUAAAAUCAAGCAACAACCCGCAUUUUUUUUAUAUAAAUAUAUAUACAUAAAUUAUUAUUACGAAAGUUAAAAAUGGCGGUCGAAGGAACGUACUUUUAGCUUGACUCAGAAAUAAACCGAAAAAUAUAUGUAAAAUACAAAAA